AUGAAAUUUGUGCAUCGUAGAUGGAUGUAUAAUAGGAAUCAUCCUAAUCGUGCGGGGUUGAGGGAUGAAUUUAUUGAAGGGGUUGCUGAAUUUAUUGCUAAGGCUCAAACACUUGAUGAUUUUCUUAUUGGAGGAAGGAUUAGGUGUCCUUGUGUGAAAUGUAAAUGUGUUAAGUUAUUGAAAUCAGACGAAGUUAAAGUCCAUCUCUACAAGAAAGGGUUUGUAGAAAAUUAUUAUAUAUGGACUGCUCACGGGGAGAAUCAUGCUAGUUUAGAUGAUGCUAACUUUCAUAAUUCUUUUGGUGGUGAGGGUAGCCCCAUUUCGGAGCAUAAUGUUGAAAAUUCUCGAUACAAUGAAAUGAUGAGGGAUGCUUUUGGGACGUUUCCUGGGGUUCAAUCCGAACCAAAUGAUGAGGCUAAGCGUUUCUAUGAACAGUUACUUGAAGCUAGUCGUCCAUUGUAUGAAGGUUCGGUGCAUUCCAAGUUGUCUGUUGCGGUUAGAUUGCUAAGUAUUAAAUCGGAUAGUUCUAUUUCCCAAGCGGGCAUGGAUUCUAUUAUUGGGCUUAUGAAUGAACUUAAUCCGAGUAACAUUGACUUACCAAAAGAUUUCUACACUGCUAAAAAAUUGGUUUCUAAGUUGGGUCUUUCAUCAGAGAGAAUUGAUUGUUGUGAGAAAGGUUGCAUGUUAUUCUAUAAGGAUGACGCAUCUCUAGAGAACUGUAAAUUUUGUAAUCAGCCUCGUUUUAAGGAAGUCACAAAUCCCAAUACAAAAAAGAAAGUUCCAGUUAAAGUGAUGCAUUACUUACCUCUUAUACCUAGAAGGCCACCUGGUAUACUCUGCCAUCCGUCAGAUGGAGAAGCGUGGAAGCAUUUUGAUAGGGUGUUCCCCGAAUUUGCUAGUGAACCAAGAAAUAUUAGGUUGGGAUUAUGCACAGAUGGAUUUACUCCAUUUGCUGUCUCUGCUGCACCAUAUUCAUGUUGGCCGGUGUUUGUUACUCCAUAUAAUCUUCCGCCAGAGUUGUGCAUGACAAGUCCAUAUUUGUUCCUAACUUGUAUUGUUCUAGGUCCAUGCAAUCCGAAAAGUUUGAUUGAUGUAUACUUGCAGCCUUUGAUUGAUGAGUUACAGUUAUUAUGGCAUCAAGGUGUGGAAACAUAUGAUAUAUCAACCAAACAAAACUUCAGAUUGCAUGUUGCUUUGAUGUGGACUAUAAAUGAUUUUUCUGCUUAUGGAAUGUUGUCCGGAUGGUCGACUGCUGGAAAGUUAGCUUGCCCUUGUUGUAUGGAAGACACUAAAGUAUUUACUUUGAAACAUGGAGGUAAAAAUACAUGGUUCGACUGCCACCGUAGAUUCUUGCCAAUGAAUCAUGAAUUUAGGCGAAAUACAAGUGCAUUUAUAAGAACCAAACUUAUUUUGAGGAGCCACCGGCCUGCUUGUGUUCAGAAGAAAUUUGGAACAGAGUAA